AUAUAUGCGAGCCUCCAAGGCACGCAACCGAACGACGAGCAGUGCAAGCCAAGCAUUCUAUACUCAGGCAGGCUCACGGUCUCUCACUCUCUUCCUCUUCCUCUCUAGCUAUCUUCUCGGCGAGUUCGUCGUCGUUGCAUCUAUCCGAGAUCUUUUUGUGGUUUCGGCCAUGGAGAUGAUCGACGCGGAGCUGCGUCUCGGUCCGCCCGGCGGCGAUGUUACGGUCGUGCAGCCGGCGAGGAAGCCGGCGGCGGCGAAACGGUCGUCGCCGGCGGUGAAGAGCGAGGCCUCCGGGACCGGUGGCCAUGACGACGACGCCGCGCCGGCCUCCAAGGUGCAGGUGGUGGGGUGGCCGCCGGUGAGGGCGUACCGGAAGAACGCGUUCCAUGCGGCGGCGGAGGCGGCGGAGGCGAGGACGACGAAGGGGGAGCAGGGGGGCCUGUACGUGAAGGUGAGCAUGGACGGAGCGCCCUACCUCCGGAAGGUGGACCUGCGGACGUACGGCGGGUACAGGGAGCUGAGGGACGCGCUCUUCGGCUGCUUCUCCUCGGCGGCCGACGGCGCCUGCCAGUUCGCCAUCGCCUACGAGGACAAGGACGGCGACCUCAUGCUCGCCGGCGACGUGCCAUGGGAUAUGUUCAUCUGUUCUUGCAAGAAGCUGAGGAUCAUGAGGGGCUCUGAAGCAAGAUGAUCCGAGUGUCGAGGUCCGCACAUCGCGCGAGAAGGUCAUCUGGUCAGACUCACGAGAGAUCUAUCAUCGAUCAUUCGAUGGAUGCGCAUGGUGCUCCUAUCGAUCUACAGACAUGGAUGGGAUUGAAGGCGUCGGACGAUGGAUACCUGCGGCAUGGGGAGGGCGGCCAGCCCAUACGUGCAUGCCUAGGUGCAUCGUGUUCUAAGGCCAGGUUGCCCAUACACGAACACACCCACACACACACGGGCGUGACGGCGGGGUACUCAUCAUGCUGUCCCGUGUCAUCAGAUGGGCAGUGCUGUGUUGGUCUGCAGAUCACACACAUUCAGCCAAGUAGCGGAGGGGACGAACUAGGAUCUGUGUACAUAAGCUGAAGCUGUUUCAUUUGUAAUUUUGAAUUUCCCUUUUGUAUGUGUGAAAAAGUUUGAUGGUGUGAUGAGCGAAAUAUGUGAAAGAAAAGAGAGGGAAAUUUGAUUUCAUAUAAAAUUGUGUCGACGUUCUUUUCUUCUUA